AUGGCACCUAGAGGCUUGCCGUCAGUCGCCUACGACUGGCCGCUUCUACUAUUAUCUCGCGCUUCUCGAAGCUGGCGACUGCCUGCGGCGCACUUUCUAUACUGCGAAGUCACUUUGCGUACCCCAACCUCACAUAUCUGUCUGGGAGGAGUUACAUGGGCUGGCUGGAUCUUUUGA